AGUUUAGUCAUACAAUCAUAACAAAACAGAACCUGUUGCUAAGUUGGUUUCAGUGAAAGUUUACAAGCUGGAGGCAUGGGUUCGAACCCUCAUGCCUCCAGGAUUUGUGAGAUGAUUUUAAAUUUUUUAAUCUUUUUAUUGUAACCCUAACCCUCCUCCUCCUUAUUUUUCAUUCCCCUUCCCUGCCUCUCUUCCCUCCCUCUCCUCUCUAGACUCCAACCCAUCUCUCUCUCCCUCCCUCUCUCUCGCUCUCCGUCGGUGAGAAGCAGCUGCAGCCAUGGCGCAGUACAGCAAGGUGGCCCCGACCCCUCUGCUGAAAGACGAGCUCGACAUCGUCAUCCCCACCAUCCGAAACCUCGAUUUCCUCGAGAUGUGGAGGCCCUUCUUCCAGCAGUACCACCUCAUCAUCGUCCAGGACGGUGACCCGUCGAAGGUGAUCAAGGUCCCGAAGGGCUUCGACUACGAGCUCUACAACCGCAACGACAUCAACCGGAUUCUGGGUCCCAAGGCGUCCUGCAUCUCCUUCAAGGACUCUGCUUGCAGAUGCUUCGGCUACAUGGUCUCCAAGAAGAAGUACAUCUUCACCAUCGACGACGAUUGCUUUGUAAGUAUCGCUUUUGGGUUUCGAAAACUUGGGAUCUUAAUUGGGGCUGUUUUGGAUGUGGGAUUUGAUUUUUGAGUUGAAAAGGUUGGAUCUUGGUGGGUUUUGGGAAGUGGGUUUUGUUGGGGUUUUCGAAAUCUUGUUGUUCAAUUGAAUUUCGAUUCGACUCGAAUUGAUUAGUUUGUGAUGAAAUUCUGUUGCUUUUGUUGUUUA